AUGGAUGCAGGUCAAUAUGCUGUGCGAUUUCGGUCCGAAGCUGGUCUCAUGCUCGAGUAUGCCAUUGCUGGUGACGUUCUCCAAGAGGUCCAAGGGGUACACGGUGCAAGGCUUGAACGUUUGAAGGACCGUACGGGCGCGAGGAUAGAAGUGCAAGAGCUGUUUAAGAAGCGAGAAGGGGUCGAUGACCUUGGGCCGCGCAACACUAUUCACUCUAUUUUGAUAUCGGGGUCAUUCAAGGAGGUUGUAGACGCAUUCAAUGCUCUGAAGGGGAACCACGCGACGCAGCCGGCUAAGACCGAUGGGUCGGCCAGCACACCCCAAGAGACCUCAGAAGGGAAGCCUGGCAGCGCACAGAAUACUCCCAAGUUGUGGCGAAUGGGCCCCAUACUUUCAAACACUUAUCUACCCUCCUCGAACAUAAAACCUGGCCGCACAGCCAUACGCUCUCGAACGGAAGACCAUAUUGCUUUGGAGCACUCGAUUGAUGCCGCGACGGCAACAAGAUGGCGAUUUCGCUACGGCGACCAACUGGAGUUCCUGAAAUGGCGAUAUGGCGGUGAAAUUGUGGUCAAGCAGAUCAUCACCGAAGCAACUGGCCAGGGACAAGAUGAAUCUCAGCCCACAUUAACCCAAGCAACGCAGUCGCCCCACUCCACUGUGUAUCUUGCAGGCCCGUGGCAGACAGUUUCGAAAAUUUGGGAUGACUUGAACAUGUGCAACCGUGCCUUUCGCGACGAGAAUUUUGCAAUCUUCCGUUACUCAACCAAUUAUCUGAGGGCUGGAAGUGAUGUCUUCCGUCGACUGGCCGAUGAGAGUUUGGAGCUGGUGGUCGCCUUCACAGAAAGCCAGUGGCAGCAAGUGAUGCCGAAGACAGCUUUUCUAAGGCUAGCCGAGGCGCUCAAGUUGACGAUGUCAACGGAAACAACAGAGUUGCGGGCUGAGAGCAGUGAUGAUAAGGUUCAAAGCCGCUUGGUUACACUUACCGGGCCCAAAGAAGCUUUGUCAUCGAUGCAGAGGGCGUUCAAGCUCAUCAAAAAGGAGAUGAGCAAGGACGAAAGUGUUGGGACUACAGGACGUUCAAGCAAAACGUCAGGGGAAGACCGAAAGACCAUCGAUGUGAACGCGACGCAGGCUUCAGAUCAGAGCCAAGGCAUGAGCCAAAACAGGGAUUUCACAUCGCUGGUUGAAGUCUGCCCUCCCGGUGAACAGCACAAUGCUGUACGGGCAUACGUCUCCGCUCGUGUCAGCUCGGUCCGUCGCUAUUCAAAAGCUUCCAUCCUGAGUCUCAAAGACCACCGACAUUUGCAGUUGAUUCAAGGCAGCGAGGGAUGUGUAGAGCAAGCGAAAGCAAUGUUCGCAAAGGUGGCUGCCAAAGGGUACCAGAAAUGCGGUGUCCCCUCACGCGGUAUUCGUGUCAUCCAUGAGCGGCACGAUUGGACCCCUUUUUGGCCAGAACUCGAUUUCAUAGUUGCCCAACUUAGUGGCAACCCGGCUGAAGACCAAACGCACGAUCAUCACGAGCCUUUGAAAACCGUGUACAGAUGUACUGUAUCUAUCACAGGUCAUGGCAAGCAGCAAGUCCUGCAAAGCUUUCAAACCCGCUAUACGGCUGAACAAUUGAAGUCUGCGACUGGCUGUCAAGAUGUUGUGUUCUUGAACGACUCUUUCGUAGCCCAUGGCUCCUUGCAAAGUGUUUUGAGGUUCCGGCUGGAGGUAUCGAGCGCCAUGGAGAGGGAACGAGAGCGGCUGAGCAAUUCUUUGGUCAAGAUUUCGUCUCGUGUGCACGCAUCACUUUCAAGCGUCUGGGCCAAUAUGCCAGAUAUUGAUGCAGAACAAGACCUUAGCCGUGAGAAAGCUGCACAGCUUGCUGACGAUGUCCGACUUGCUCUUCGACCACUCAGUCACCCAGUGGUUUUAAUCACUUCGCAGGUGCCUCGCCUCCAAGCCGUUGACGACACGAAUAAUGAGGAGAACGCCGGAGCCGACGUUCAGGAAAUCGCGGACAGCCAACUUCGCCGCAGCCGAGGCAUCACGGUGUCGUCUUUCAAUACUGUAGCCUUCCGUCCGCGACCAAUCGUCUCAUUCAAUGUCAAAGUCCCAAGCCGAAGUUGGGAUGCAAUCUCAACGUCUGGAGAGUUCCGUGUACAUCUGCUCACCGCCACUUCAACAGGUGCAGCGAUUGCAGACACGUUCACGAAGCGCCUCAAGGAGCCCCACGACGGAUUCUUGCAGCUUGAGAAACUGGGCGCAGAGAUCAUUUCCCGUGACGAGGACGCACCUCCACGAGUAAUCCACAAGGAAGGGGUCUUGGCCGAACUACACGCCAAGCUGUUACCGGAACGAUGUGUUAAGGCGGGCGACCACGUCAUCGUCGUUGGUCGCCUCGUAUCCUGUCAAUUACCCGGAGAAGAGGAUGCAGUGAGGCCAUCGCAGGUGGAUCCAGAGUUUUGGGACUCGAUUGGUGGCCUUGCGUAUGCUAAGCAGGAAUACAGAAACGUGGGUGCAGAGGUCAAGAAGAAAGGUACUGUGCUCUUGCCUGAAGAUCUGCCUGAUCCCCUAUCUCUUGGGGAUGAGUUCGUUCGGCAGGAAGCUUCACGAUCUCCACUCAAUCUCCGACCUGAGCAGCGCCAGCGUUCAGACACUGCAUCGCCAACAGGUGGAGAUCAGCGGGCGGUUGCGUCUGCGGAACACGUCGACUUUGAGGAAGCCAUGGGUUCGUAUGAGGACGAUUUGAGCCCCGCUGCCAGGGAAGAGGAAGACGACUACGACUUUGGGUUUGAGACUCCAAAUUACGGCGUCAAGCGCGAUCAGCGGUCAAGUCCUUCGACCCGAGAAUCGAGCCAGGCUGACGCUGGUGAUCUAUGGGGUCCAGAGGACGUUGUCCGUGAAGACUCGAUCCGACUUGGUGGCGAUCCACAGCCUGGGAACGAGAAUUCGAGUGGAGAAGGCACGUCUGAUAACCAACUCCACCGCCCGGCGCCGCCAAACACUAACACACAUGGCAGUCGCACCUUCUCCACCAUGGCCAGGCCCAUCAACCUGAACGUGCGGUCUACAAGGCAGUUCUCCACGAAAAUAUCGUUUGCUCAGGAAUCAGCCCAUGGCAAAACAGAUUUAGACCAAUUCGUCGAACCAUCAGCCCGCAAAAUGAACGUGGCAGACUACCUUGGCGUGCCAGAGGACGCCCGUCUCCACUCACACCGCGUGCGAAGCCUCUUCCGCAUGGACAAAGACGCCCGUCGAGCUGAGAAGCGGCUCCUCGACCGGGACAACGAGCUAACGGAAGACGAAAAAACCGAACUUCGCCUCAAGGUCACCACCAACAAUCGUAUCAUCUCCAAAAAGCUUGCCUGGAACGCCGCCUACCACCUCCGCAUCAUGCUCGACAAGGGCCGUGUCGAUUUCAAGCGUGCGCAGUUCCUCGAGAGUGCGAUUGAGAAGGGGCAGUCUGUACUGUUGGAGGAGGCUUCGCUAGCAAAGGAUAUGUAUGACCAAGGCAGGAUCAAUUUCGAGCAGUUGCAGAAGGUGAAGCAGGGGCUGGCGAGGAACGCGGAUGUCUAUCAGACGGAGUUGACGAGAUUGGGCCAGGUCGUUGAUGAGGAGGGAGAUGGCGCGACAGGAUUUCCUGGUGUUGAGGAGGGGAGUGGAGAUGGUUUCGAUGGGUUUAGGGGGAAUCGAUGA